CCUUCAACGUCCAUCGGUGGAGAUUACUGCCGUUUCACCCCCACCACCCCCAAACCCCCCCGCGGCGCGCACCCUCCCGAUUGCCACAAUAGAUGUUACUCCACUAUAUGCAUUUCGAUCUCAUCAUCUAAGCCCAGUCCACCAAGAUGGAAAAUGCGCACACUAAAUCGGCGACCGAAGUUUUAGACAACUUCAGUGUGAACGAAAACACUGGGCUGACUCUGGAGCAAGUCAAAGUCAAUUUCGAGAAAUAUGGACCGAACGAGCUCCCAGCUGAAGAAGGGAAGUCCCUGUGGGAGCUGGUGGUGGAGCAGUUUGAGGACCUCCUGGUCAGGAUCCUGCUGCUAGCUGCUUGUGUCUCCUUUGUGUUGGCUCUGUUUGAGGAAGGAGAGGAGACAACCACCGCCUUUGUUGAGCCAGUUGUCAUUCUUCUUAUCCUUAUCGCCAACGCUGUUAUCGGGGUCUGGCAGGAGCGAAAUGCUGAAAAUGCCAUUGAGGCUCUGAAAGAGUAUGAACCAGAGAUGGGAAAGGUGUACCGCAUGAACCGCAAGGCUGUCCAGAGGAUCAAAGCCAGAGACAUCGUCCCAGGAGACAUAGUGGAGGUUGCAGUUGGUGACAAGGUGCCUGCUGACAUCAGAGUGACCUCUAUAAAGUCCACCACCCUGCGAGUGGACCAGUCCAUCCUCACAGGGGAGUCUGUGUCCAUCAUCAAACACACUGACCCUGUUCCUGACCCCAGAGCUGUCAACCAGGACAAAAAGAACAUGCUGUUUUCUGGCACAAACAUUGCAGCAGGCCGUGCCAUAGGCGUUGUCGUUGCUACCGGCGUGGCCACUGAGAUCGGUAAGAUCCGUAAUCAGAUGGCCUCUACAGAACAAGAGAAGACGCCGCUGCAGCAGAAGCUGGAUGAGUUUGGCCAGCAGCUCUCCAAGGUCAUCUCCCUGAUCUGCGUGGCGGUGUGGGUCAUCAACAUUGGCCACUUCGGAGACCCCGUCCAUGGCGGCUCUUGGGUCAGGGGGGCGAUCUAUUAUUUUAAGAUUGCCGUGGCCCUGGCCGUGGCCGCCAUCCCCGAAGGGCUGCCUGCUGUCAUUACCACUUGCCUGGCCCUCGGCACGCGUCGCAUGGCAAAGAAGAACGCCAUUGUUCGCAGCCUGCCCUCAGUGGAGACCCUGGGCUGUACAUCUGUUAUCUGCUCUGACAAGACGGGCACCCUCACCACCAACCAGAUGUCCGUCUGCAGAGUAAGUGGCAAUCAGGAAAAACAAAAAUUCUGCACCCUUCAUGAGUUCUCUAUAACUGGUUCUACAUACGCCCCUGAGGGACAAAUACUGAAAGGAGACAGGCCCGUCCAGUGUGGGGACUAUGAUGGGCUUUUGGAGUUGGCCACUGUGUGCUCUAUGUGCAAUGACUCUUCACUGGACUACAAUGAGGCCAAAGGGGUUUAUGAGAAGGUGGGUGAAGCCACAGAGACGGCUCUCACCACCUUAGUGGAGAAGAUGAACGUCUUCAAGACUGACGUGUCCGGACUCAGCAAGGUGGAGCGUGCCGGUAGCUGCAACUCAGUGAUCAGGCAGUUGAUGAAGAAGGAGUUCACGCUGGAGUUCUCUCGUGACCGCAAGUCCAUGUCUGUGUACUGCACCCCCGUCAAGCCGGGCUCCCAAAGCAAGAUGUUCAUCAAGGGUGCUCCUGAGAGUGUGAUCGAGCGGUGUCAGUACCUGCGCGUGGGAACCGGGAAGGUGACGCUGACACCAGGCCUGCGUGACCAGCUGAUGUCUAAGAUCAGGGACUGGGGGACAGGCAGGGACACUUUACGCUGCCUGGCGCUGGCCACUCAUGACACUCCACCACGCAAAGAGGACAUGGACUUGGAGAAUUCCACCAAAUUUGUACAGUAUGAGCUGGGUCUCACAUUUGUUGGCUGUGUUGGCAUGCUCGACCCUCCCAGGAAGGAGGUGAUCGGUUCGGUGAAACUAUGCAACGAGGCAGGUAUACGUGUUAUCAUGAUCACAGGAGACAACAAGGGCACGGCUGUGGCCAUCUGCAGGCGCAUUGGCAUCUUCGGCGAGGAUGAGGACGUGACAGGAAAGGCCUACACAGGCCGCGAGUUUGACGAUCUCCCGCCGGAGGCCCAGAGAGAAGCCGUUAAACGGGCGCGCUGCUUCGCCCGCGUCGAGCCGGCUCACAAGUCAAAGAUUGUGGGAUACCUGCAAUCAUUCGAUGAGAUUACUGCCAUGACAGGAGACGGUGUGAACGAUGCCCCGGCCCUGAAGAAAGCGGAGAUUGGCAUCGCCAUGGGCUCCGGCACUGCCGUGGCCAAGUCAGCAUCCGAGAUGGUGCUGUCAGAUGAUAACUUCUCCACCAUAGUGGCUGCUGUGGAGGAGGGCAGAGCCAUCUACAACAACAUGAAGCAGUUCAUCAGAUACCUCAUCUCUUCUAACGUGGGAGAAGUCGUCUGCAUCUUCCUGACAGCCAUCCUGGGUCUCCCUGAGGCUUUGAUUCCAGUCCAGCUGCUCUGGGUGAAUCUGGUGACGGAUGGCUUGCCUGCCACCGCCCUGGGCUUUAACCCCCCAGACCUGGACAUCAUGGACAAACCUCCUCGCAACCCCAAGGAGCCUCUCAUCUCUGGCUGGCUCUUCUUCAGAUAUCUGGCCAUUGGAGGAUAUGUGGGUCUUGGAACAGUGGGUGCUGCCACAUGGUGGUACCUGUUUGAUGAAGAUGGCCCACAAGUAUCUUUCUAUCAGCUGAGACACUUCAUGCAGUGUACUGAGGCCAACCCCAUGUUCGAGAACAUAGACUGUGAGGUGUUUGAAUCCCGCUACCCCACAACCAUGGCCCUGUCUGUGCUGGUCACUAUCGAAAUGUUCAACGCGCUCAACAGUUUGUCUGAGAACCAGUCCCUGGUCAGGAUGCCACCCUGGGUCAAUGUUUGGCUGCUGGGAGCAAUCAUCCUCUCCCUCUCCCUCCACUUCUUAAUCCUCUACGUUGAGCCUUUGCCGCUGAUCUUCCAGGUGACCCCCCUGCACUGGUAUCAGUGGAUUGUGGUGCUGAAGAUUUCCAUCCCUGUCAUCCUCCUGGAUGAGGCACUGAAAUAUAUGUCCAGAAACCAUCUAGAUGGUGAUGAAGAGAAGAAAUAUCGCAGGAGAUGGCAGCUGAACUAAGACCUCUCCCUCAACACACUCACACACUUAAACACACGCCUACCCUCUUCCCUUUACAAGCUAGGAACCUUUUCUCUCCCCUGUCCUCAUUCCCCACUCCUGCAUGUCCGACAAACCACCACUAGAAAUGAGCAGUGGCUUGCAUGAGAGCGAGUGUGCAAGAAAGAGAGCAUGCGUGUUCCUGCGAGCAUGGCUUUCUGUGUGUGUGUGUGUGUGUGUGUGUGUGUGUGUGUGUGUGUGUGUGUGUGUGUGUG